UUUGUUAAAAUCUUUCAUCUUGUCCCAUCAAUGGAUUACCUUUUUUUUAUUUGUUUGGUAUAAAAAGCGGUAGCAUCGGUCUUUCUCCUCCAGUUGUAGUAACCACUAACCAAUCAAAAUAAUUCCAGUUUAAUCUUCAUACUAUGGGGAGCGAAUGUGCAAUUCAACCACAUCCUAAUGAAGGAGUUAUCACAAUCCUUAGCAUUGACGGUGGAGGAGUGAGAGGCAUCAUUCCUAGCGAAGUUCUUGGCUAUCUCGAAUCAAUACUCCAGGGGUUAGAGAAUCAUAAGGAUGUGAGGAUUGCAGACUAUUUUGACUUCAUUGCUGGGACAAGCACAGGAGGCCUCAUCACAGCUAUGCUUACUGCUACAGAAGAUGGAAAACGACCUUUGUUAUCUGCAAAAAAAAUUAUUGGUUUUUAUAUGGAUCACAGUAAGAAUAUCUUUAAAAAAAAUCCUACUGAUGAAAACAGCCAUGGUCUAGUAGCAAAGACGAAGUCCGACAACGCAAGAUUUACUGAUGUUAUGAAGGACAUUAUGAACAGCAUAAGCAAAUGCAUCAGCAGCAACAGCAGCAACAGCAGCAGCAACAUUUUGGAUAGUUUCUUGAGGCGCUUUAUAAGUUGGCAUCAAAUUCCUCAAACAAUCCGUGAAAUGGUUAUGCAUUUCCUAGAACCAAAAUAUGAUAGUGACAAUCUGAAGGAGGCCAUCAAGGAAUGCUUACGAAAGGAACCUCGAAUCAGUGAGACUAUCACUAAUGUGAUAAUUCCCACUUUUGACAUCAAGCGUUUUCGGCCUAUCAUCUUCUCUACCUUGAAGGCAAAAAGGGACGACUCAAUGAAUCCUCUACUGUCAGAAGUUUGUAUUGCGACGUCAGCAGCACCAUAUUACUUCCCCCCUCAUCUUUUGACAGCCAGCGCCAAGGAAUUCCACUUAGUUGAUGGUGGUGUUGCAGCCAAUAAUCCUUCUUUGCUAGCCUUAUGUGAGGUGAUCAAAGAGAGAAAGGUCGAUUACAGUAAGAUUCUUCUUCUGUCCCUUGGAACUGGGGAACAAAAUGGAAAGGAUAAGCUGGAGGUUGGAGAUCCUAGCAAGUGGGGCAUCGUUAAAUGGAUAUGGCAAAAUGGCAAGUCCAAUCCAUUGCUUGAUAUUCUUAUGACUUCAGCAGAUGAAAUGAUUGAGAUUUACAUGUCCAGCAUCUUUCAAUCACGUGGAUUAAAAGAUAACUAUAUUCGUAUCCAGGCUGACCUAAGUUCUGUUGAAGCCGCGUUCGACGACUCGCGUGAAGAAAAUCUAAAAUGUCUCACGAAGAUUGGUCAAGAUCUGGUGGAAAAGAAUGAAGACAUACUUACAGACUUCGCGAAAAAAUUGGUAGAUAUAAAGAAGGCUCGCUCUCUAAAGUGUUUCCUCUGAAGUUUUUCCUACCUUCGGAUUUAUAAAAUAAAACUGAAGUGCUAGUAUCAGCAUAAGGUCAAUGAGCAUAGCUCGAAAACAAGAGGGUUUUGCAAUCAACUUUAGCCUUCUAGACUGGCACUUCUAGCUAGGCUUGUUUGUGAGUUGUGUGGAGUGAUAUCAAUUCAUGUAAUCCUCGAGUAACUAGGACACAAGGCUCUCCUUGAGUUUCCUUGAAAGAGUCUUCAUGUGCCGUGACUUUUUUUUUUCUUUUUUGAGUGAAUUUUCUUGUGUUUUUUUUAUUGAACAUGUUUGAGAGAGGAUUUGAAGUGAGUUGUAUAUUUUGUGGUAUCAUAAAUAUGUACAAUAAAAACAUUAUAUGUUGAUUAUAGUAGGAUGAACCAAGCAUAAAUUAAUAUAGGUUGUUUGUUUA